AUGCCAGCGGGCCCGCGCCCGCGGGGCCCGCCGAGGCCGCAGGCCACUCCGGCGUCACCGCCGCCCGCGAGGGCGCCCGGCGCCGCGGCCACAGCGGCCGCCGCUGCAGGAGCUGCCGCCGGCAGCGCACCGACAGCGGAGACGUCCAGAGUCCCGCCAUCUCCCGACAGCACCGUGGAGGGUCAUUACGCCGAGGGCGGGGACUGGAACGACUGGUGGCAGAGGGCGAGUUCCGCCUGGGACGGUGGGGGAAGAGGCCUUGACGCAGGCCUGUCGAAGACGGCACCGACGUACGAGCUGCUCAAGACCGACGGCUACAGAGUCUUUCGCCGAAAGCUGGAGGUCUUCGAGCGCUGCUGCAGGAAGCGCGGCACCACCGCGAUCAGCGAGGGCGCGUUCUUGAUCAUGAACUCGCUGCAGGGUGAAGCCGCGGAGGCUACGGAGGACAUCGACCUGGAUCAGCUGGAGUCCGAGGACGCCUUCAAGCCGCUGUUCCAGGUCCUCGACGAGUACUACAAGUACGAUAACCAGACCGAGCUGCCAGCCCGCACAGAUCAGUUUUUCGGCAAGUUCGCUCGCCAGGAUAAGGAGACGAUGAAGCUUUACUGCUUGCGUCACAAGCGAGAGCUGAGGAAGCUCAAGGAGCACCUCCUCUCACGAGCGGCCGUCCCACCUUCGGGCGCCGCCCAGGUACGAAGUCAAUGUGCCAACGGCCUCAGCUGGACUAGUGUGAAGAAGGCCCUACUCGAUACAUAUGGAGCCGAAGCCGUACCCGACAAGCGCGACGUGAAGCGAGUUGAGAGGAUGCUGGUCGGGCAGGGUCAUAAGGACGACGUGCACUACACGAACGACUACGAGUGGGAGCGAGGCCUGAGCUACGAAGACUCAUACCUGGAGGAGGAAGAAUACGAUUACGACGAGUACGAGGAGUACGACGCUGAAGAGUACGAGGAAGAGGCCGACGUCGCCGACGAGCUGCCGCAGGACGUGGAAGAAGCCCAGAUCGCGUGCGACGAGGCCUACCUCAGUUUCGUGGAUGCGAAGAGGCGCGUAGCGGAGAUCGCCAAGUCGAGAGGUUUCUACCCGAUCGUCGCUGUCGCGCCCGGCAACAACUUUCAACACGGCAAGGGCGCGCCGAAGGUGAACAUCUUCAACAGGCCCCCGACGGCGACGCCCGCAGGAUCGACCGCUACAGGCUCGACACAGCAGCACGGCCCGAGGUUCAAGCGAUUCCGUGGAGGAGGUUUCGUGAAGCCCGAUUCGGAGCACGCCGCCAUGGUAGAAGACGUGGAGACGCUAGAGUACGCUAACUCGACCGAGGAGGUGUACCUGAUGUCGACUGGCAAGGGCAUCAGCGACGGCGGUGCGACGCGGCCCGUCAUGGGCGACAAGAUCUGGGCGCAGUGGGAGGAGCUGCUGCGUUCACGCCAGCUGCUGCACGAGGUCGAGUACGGCAAGAGCGACCGACGAUUUCGAUUCGGAGACGGCAAGACGCUGGAGGCCAAGCGGUCCGUGACCUUGAACGUGUGGCCGUUCGGCGUCAAGAAGCAGAUCACGAUCCAUCUCGUCGAGGGGUGGGCGCCGCUGCUCAUCGCCCGUCCGUGCAUGGAAGAGUGGGGUUUGGUCCAGGACUACCGCGCCGGCACGUUUAUGAUGAAGGACCUCCCCGACAAAGGCUGGAUGAAGUCCGAGCGAGACGAGAAGGGGCACUUCAUCAUCGACCUGCUGGGUGGCGCCGGCAGGGUCACCGACGACGCGAUGAACGAGGGCGCGCCGACCGAGGGCGAGCCCAGCAGCGACGACUCGACCGACAACGAGUCCGAGGCACCGCCGAGCGAGUCCGAGGACGAUUCUGAAUCGUCCGACGUGGACCCCGACGCGUACUACCUCGAGACGGUCACCGAGUUUUAUGACAUCAGUGACAAUGACGACGUGGGAAGUGAGCGGACCCAGGAGUUUUCGGUGGCGGGUUCGAGCGAGAGCGCUAGACCGAGCACGAUGGACCCCGACACCUACACCGACCUGGCCCUGGCCCUCGAGCAGGCAUACGACGGCAUGAAGGAGAUGCUCCGAGGACCCCCGCCGCGUAAGGUCUGGGAGGUAUUCGUGGACGCAGGAGGUCUGUCGCAGGCGCUGCUCGAGUACCCCACGGUGGACGUCAUGCAGUUCCGCCUCGAGGACGGCUGGAAUUUCUCCAAGCCGAAGGUGAUUAAGGCGUUCCUGAGGAAGAUCGACUACGUGAACGCCUCGCUCUCAGCAGAGCGCGCCGCGGAGAUCCACGAGGCGAGAGUACGCGAGGAGAAGACGUUUCUGAAGUUGGUCCGUGACUCGUUCGUGAAGCAGCUGAAUGGAGGCCGACACGCCUACGUGGAAGGCCCAUGGUCAGGAGCGCACUGGAGCACCCAGACGUGGAAGGCACUGCCGGGACACCACUGCCGACUGGACCAGUGCCGCCUGGGAGCCAAGUUCCCCAUGAAGGGAGUGGACAUGCCGUACCAGAAGCCGACGCGAUUGCAGUCCACUAACAAGGAGUUCGUCGAUCACAUGGGUCUGAGGUGCGAGUGCAGGGGCGAGCACGUGACACUACGCGGCAAGCUCGCCCAGCAGGCUCAGAACUACCCCGCACCGAUGGCUCGACGGAUGGCUUACCUGAUUGCUUACCAGGGCAUGGCCGCCGACAUCGACGAGAUCUACACAGCCGAGGAAGUGCACAAGGACAUCGACGCCAUCGAGUACACAGACGUGAUGCAGGAGCUGCUGAAGCGCUUCAACGUCUCGACCAUCCGUGCGGUCAAGCGCGCCCACGUCA